AUGCAGCCGGAAGAGGAUCUGUUCCAGUGGCAGAAUGGCGAGGUACUUGAGUUUGCAGAGGAGCAGGGGAGUAAGCACGAGCGGAUCGCGGAAUGGCGGCAGUUGAACACAAAAAGGUACGGCUACCGCGCUGCAUACCACGAAGCAGUCGCCCAAAAAGAUGAUGUGCCUCCAGAGUAUCUGCGCAAAAUGGUAAAGGACAACGGUGAUCUUGGCGGAAAACGUUUCGGUACGGAGCGCAAGCUGUGUGUUGCGUUGCUGAAGUACAUGCCACUAGCACUUUACAAGUUGCUUGAGAAUAUGCCGAUGCCUUGGGAGGAGGCGCGUUACGUUAACGUUGUAUACCACAUGGGCGGUGUACUGACGCUCGUUGAUGACACACCAACGGUCCCGGAGCAGCUGUACCUAGCUCAGUGGGGUUCCAUGUGGACACGGAUGCGCUCGCACAAGGUGGAACUUCAGCAGGAGGGAGGCGCUUUUCGUCGCAUGGUGCACAAGGGCAACGAGAAUGAGCCCCCACUAGACUAUGGUGAUUACCUCAUGGAUCGUGAACCCCCACCAGCGGUGCAUGAUGAGCUUGACGAGGAGGACGCUGCGGCCAUCACGGACUGGUUCUACGACCCCUUUCCUCGGUUGGUGCAUCCAAAUCAAAUUCGUGGUCCACGUCGACCCAAUGGAUAUUAUUUUUCCAUCAGUGUUGUUGAGUCACUCUUUCGUAGUGCCUCCCCAAUUCUGCCGGUGCUGGAUGAUCGCAACUACUACUACCUCUGGGACCUAAAGUCGUUUUACACGGCAAAGGCGAUGCACCUUGCGAUUCCACGGGCACCAAAGUUUGAGGCGCCUCCUGCGGUGUAUGAGGAGGAUCAGGACUGGACGGAGUUUAACGACCUUCGGCGCAUAAUUCACCGCGACGACCCACGCAAGCCGCGAUUUACGAUGCUCACAGAGAGACAGAUUGCAUUUCCAUUUCUGUACGGCAAUGUGGUGGAGGCGGUCACGGUGGCGCCCUACCAUUACCCCGCUGAGGUUCGUGUGGAGAACGACGACCCUGCGCUGCCUUGCUUCUCGUGGAACCCUUCCAUAAACCCCAUCAAGGCCCUGAAGCGGAAUCACGCCGAGGUGACGGCGGCGAAUAAGGGCGCUUUGCGAUCUCUGGCACUGCAGCAUCUGCAGGAGGAGGAAGCAGCAGUGAAAGUGGAAGAGACGACUUGUCCCGUGCAGCUUCCGGCAAGCUUCGUCCCUUUUCUGGAUGAUCUUCCACUGGAGGAUGUGGACACCAAACAGGCUAUGAUGUUAGCAUUUGCACCUGCACCAUACAACGCAUUUGAAGGUGCAAUGAAGCGUCGUGUAGACAUUCCCGUCGCGGAGCAUUGGUGUCAGGAUCCUCCCACGUUAUUGUCAAGCGACACCCGUGAUAAGACUCUUCGCAGUUACACACAGCUGUUGAAGCAUACUGUCGCAAAGAAUCUUAGCCGAGAACGACUCCAGACGCGGAAGCGACAGAAGGAGAACACAACGGAUGCAGUGCAACCUUCCCGUCGAUUAGAUGAGCUUGGCGGCCUGAAGUUUUUUCAAACGACAAAGAUUGACUGGAUGGAGGCCGCGCUUCAAGUUAUGCGGCAGGGACACAACAUGCUGGUUCAGCUGAUCAACGUCAAAUGCCUGCCCUACGUUCACAUUGAUUACAACUUUGAAGCUAAGCCCACUCGUACGUUGACAACAAAGGAGAUCAAGAAGAGUCGCUUGGGCCCAGCGUUUCAUCUGAUUCGUGAGCUCUUGGGGUUUAUGAAGCAACUCAUCGACAUGCACGCGAUGUAUAGGCUUGGCAAAACAGACGCCUUUCAACUCGCGGACGCAACACAUUACCUCUUUUCCCACCUUGGGCGUUUGACCGGUGUGUAUCGGUACAAGUUACGAGCUAUGCGACAAAUCAAGCGCACCCGGGACCUAAAACAUGUUCUUUACAGUAAAUUUAAUGUGGGGGAGGUGCUGAGAGGUCCGGGAUGUGGUUUCUGGGCCCCGGCGUGGCGUGUUUGGGUGUUUUUCCUGCGUGGGAUGACACCACUGUUGCAGCGCUACCUAGGCAAUCUCACGGACCGCGUGCUUCGCGGGCGCGAAUCGAAGGGCAAGUACGAAGGCAAACGCAUUACCCGACAAAGGGUGGAGACGGACAAGGACGUAAAUAUUAAGGAGGCGUUUAGACGGGAGCUGCGCGAGAUGCUUCCCGAGAACGUGCGCGCGGACGUUAUUCGAACGAUGGAUCAGCACAUGAACGAGGCUUUUCGUCACUGGCGGGCUGGUCUCAAGUGGUCUGUGCCAGGUCUGGCCAAGCCCUUAACGGAGCUGGUAAACAAGUACGUCAAGCUACGGGCAGAGGAGUACAUUCGCGUCACACAGUACCAGCGCAAACGCAUCAAUGAAGGGGAUACAGUUGACAAACAGGCCUUUAUGAAAAAUCUCGGUCGUCUGACGCGUCUAAAGCUUAUGGAAGAGCAGGAGCGUCAGCGGGCGUACCUGGAGGGGCGCGAUGCACUCGUGAUCACCCCCGAGGAGGCGACGGAGAUUUACCGCAUGAUGGCAAACUGGCUUAGUGACCGUGGAUUUAAAAAAAUUGAGUUUCCCAAAGUGUCACGACCAGCUGAGCUGCGACUCCUUGAGCUCUCCUUAAACCGUCUCCGGGACCAGCACAACAUUGCGAAUCGACUCACGCAGGCCCAGCGUGAGGAGCAGGCACGCAUUGAGGAGGCCUUUAACUCACCGCACGACACUCUUUCAAAAAUUAUUGACUGCCUGGCGCGUGUGCGGCGUUUCAAGAACGUUGAGGUGGAGUACAUGGAUACCUUUUCAACACUGUAUCCUAUAUACAAGGUGGUGCCAUCUGAAAAACUUGUGGACUCCUUCCUAGAUCAGUACCUUUGGUAUGAAGCCAUGGAUCAACAGCGUCUGUUCCCCAAUUGGGUGAAACCCUCUGACAUGGAGCCUGUACCUGUUCUCCUCUACAAGUGGUGUCAGGGUGUCAAUGACAGUCCUGGCCUGUGGGAUGUUACACGGGAGGAAUCGACGGUUUUGUUGCAUGCGGACCUGGAGGACAGCUUCUUUGAGAACGUGGACUGGAAUUUAUUCCGCCCACUCUUGGAGCUUGUGAUGGAUAAAUCUCUGGUUGAAUACAUCGUUAGCCGCCACGACGUCGUUGUGGAAUUCAAGGACAUGAGUUAUCAAUGCCGGAAAGGGUUACUACGUGGAUUUAUGUUUUCUUCGUUUUUGGCACAGUAUUGGGGUCUCGUUAUAGACGUGCUACUGCUCGGGACGCAGCGCAGUCAGGAACUGGCAGGACCCGCCCGGCGACCCAACCCAUUUAUGACGUUUAUGCGAGAUCCGCUGCUCGCCACCUCGCAUCCUAUUCGUGGGUAUUGCCGGUACAAGAAUGAAGUGUAUCUUCUUCUUAAAUAUACAAAAGUAGAGGCGGACGAUGUGCGACGGCGGUACUUGGAGGAAACCAAACAUGAUCCUGAGCGACGCGCCCUAAAUGCCUCGGUGUAUGGAUUUAAAAAUGCCAAUCAAUGGCCGAGAGAUGCCCGGAUGCGUUUGUUUCUCAAUGAUGUGAAUCUUGCCCGUGCGGUUCUAUGGGAGUUCCGUGGCCGUCUGCCACCCAGCAUAGCUGAAAUGAAUGAAUCCAACACCUUUGUGAGUGUCUACUCCAAGGACAAUCCUAACCUGCUUUUUGACAUGGGGGGGUUUUCCGUAAGAAUCCUACCGGUGUGUCGCACAGAAGAGGAGGUGCUGGAGAACGAAUCCACGUGGAACCUGCAGCACGCUGCAAGCAAAGACGUCACGGCAAGAGCAUUUAUUCAGGUGGCACCGGAUCAUGUGAAUCAUAUACGGAACAAGGCCCGCCGCGCCAUUAUGAUGGUAGGCAGUUCUACCUUUCAAAGUAUUGCGGCGAAAUGGAAUGCGCUCGUAACCGAAAUUGUGCCGUAUUACCGCGAGGCAAUUUUAGGGACAGACAGUCUUCAGAAGGUUCUUGCCCGAGCAGAACAUCGAAUGCAGUCCAGGGUGAUGAUGGCGUUGAAUUCAAGGUCCAAGGCUCGAUUUCCCCCAGCAAUGUUUUACGCACCGACAGACCUUGGUGGGCUUGGAAUGCUCUCCGUGGGUCACUCCCUUAUUCCUGCCCGUGAUCUCAUCUACUCCAGAACCACCAGCACUGGUGUGCAAUUCUUCUACUCUGGCCUCACAAAUGCCGAUGACAUUCCCAUCCCUAACGUUCUGCAGUACUACACACCGUGGGAGACGGAGGUUCGGGAGAGCGUGAAGGCAUGGACGGAGUUCAGCGUGCGAGAUCGCGAAGCCAAAGCGGCCGGUACACGACUCUCACUGGAUGAUAUUGAGCCCAUCAUCAACAAGGGUGUUCCGCGAAUUCGGGUUCUCUUUUCUCGUCAUGCCAAACUCUUUCAAUUCGAUAAGGGGUUCCGUUGUCGCAUGGAAUUUCAGCGUUAUCUUGCCGGCAAGUACCUAAAGAACUGGUGGUUUCACCCCGAGCACGAUGGCAAUAUAUGCGGUGGUGUCUUGGAGAAGUAUCGUGUGGACAUCAUCAUUGCCCUCGGUGGCGUGGAGGCCAUUCUUGAGCACAGUCUGUUUAAAGGGACCGGAUUUCCCUCGUGGGAGGGCAUCGAGUUUAACCGCACCGGUGGUUUUGAGAACUCCAAGAAGGACAGUAAACUGGCUAAGCAGCAACGUGCGGGUCUCGCCAACGUCCCUAACCGACGCUUUGCGCUGUGGUGGUGCCCAACGAUAAACCGCGCUGAUGUUCAGGCCGGAUUUGAAUCUAAAAUCGACACCACAGGCGUGUUUAUGUGCGGAAAGCUCGAGACGAUUAAAAAAUCGCUGAUUAAAAUAUUUAGUGGCUCACUUUGGGAAAAGUGCCACGGGGCCGUCGUCAACGACAUUGCCAGCAAAUUGAAGGACGCCAUGGCAGAUUUGGAUGCAGCCUCGGUGACGCUGCAGCAGCAACACCCGCAAAAGUCGUACACCUACACAAGCUCCGCACCCGAUGUCGUCAUGGUUUCAACGUCGCGUUGGCCUGUGACGGCGAAACCGACGGUGCUCUCGGACGAGGCCGGGGAUGAGUACCGUUCCCACCUAACCAGCAAGUUCUGGAUUGAUGUGCAACUACGCUGGGGCAACUACGACAGUCACAAUAUCGCCGAGUAUGCGAGGAAAAAAUUCUACGAGUAUUCAUCAGCCAAAAUGUAUCCUUUUCCUGCUGGUGUGGUUGUGGCGGUCGACUUGGCGUACAAUUGUCAUUCGGCGUUUGGGUACUGGAUCCCACAGCUGAAGCCACUCAUGGCAAAGCUUAUGUCAGCCAUUAUGCGCCACAACAUUGCCCUCAAUACCUUGCGGGAUAGGAUGAAGCGCGAAUUACAGCUUUUCAGCUCUGCUCCCACAGAGGCAGGUUUGUCAGUGACAAACAUCGCAGAACUUUUUUCGGAGGGAAUGCGUACAUGGAUCGUGGACGACAGUGCAACCUACGUCACGAGUGAACAGCCAACAGCAGAAGGAGGAAGAAAGUUUCGCUCGGAGAACGGCGCCGUGCUGUUGUUUGAGCCUACCACGGGGCAACUAAAGCUCAGUAUUGUGCACAAGAGUGUCUUCGCAGGGCAAAAGCGACGCACAAAACUUGCGCGUGAAAAGGCGGCAGAGGAAAUUGCUUCAUGGCUUCGAAGCACACCGGCAAGUCAACGACCAGGCAAAAUUAUAGUCACCCGCUCCCGCUUCCGUCAAACGCUACACAACAUGCUUGUGUUAGACUACCCCAACAUUAUCAUUGGCCAGAGCGACCUGAACCUCGCUAUUCCCAUGGCGUUGCGCCACAGUCGUCUGGUGGAUUUGCGCAUCUCCGCCACCGAGAGUAAGGGGUGGGAGUUUUGCUUGUACGAUGACUGGCUCCGGCAGUUUCAACCAGCGACAUGCUUCAAUCUUCUCAACCUCAUCCUGCGCGGGUACCACGUCAACCUCAACCGGACGCGUGAGACCUUGGUGCCGGAUUUGCACGUGGAGGUGCAUCAUUCGCACUUUUGGCCCACGUACACCCGUGAGGAAUGGGAAAGGGUGUCAAUACGCCUGCAGGAGAUGAUUAUUGCGGACUCUGCACGUCGCAUGAACGUCAGCCCGAAUCAAUUCACUGAAAUGGAAAAGAAAGAUAUCCUCCUCGGGAAGAAGAUGACAACCGUCGAAAUUCAGGAAGAGGAAAAGAAGGAACUUGAGGACAUGAAAAGGACUAAGUUGAUGCAAGAGCAGACGGUAACUCUGACCACGAAGUCGGGUGAACAAAUCAAGAAGAAAGUCAAGGCCGCGUUUGACUUUGGAAACUCCACAACAGCCAGUAAUUGGCGAACGCGCUCUCUCGCCGAUGCGGCAGCAUUUGAUGAAUCCACGCCUAUAGAAAUUGAUGCUGUAGGUGCAGUGGCUAGUAGCGAUCAACUUGUCAUCCCUAUGGAAAUUAUGAAAUCAUUCUUUUCGUGCUGCGAUGUGCAGGCACAGUGCUGCGCUUACCUCUUUGGCCAAACCCUCCCAGAAUCCCCCAAUAUUAAGGAGGUGUUGUGUGUUAUGGUCCCACCACAAAAGGGAUCUGCUGUGGAGUGUACAACGCCGGUGCAAAUUCCACACAAAAACUCUGCACUUGUGGAAAACCAUCUCUCACUUAUUGGGGUGCUUCGCUGCGGUGGCGGGGAACCUGUCGUCCACUCAAGGGACUUGGCGCUACAGGGUCGACUUUUGGCGUCCAACGACGAGUUGCAGACGGAAGGGCUUGUGACCGCCGUCAUGGGCAUUUCUCAAGAUGGCCUGCAUAUACGUUGCUACACCACAACACGGGAAGGUAUCUCAUGGGCCUUGGAACACUACGCGAAGGCGCUAGAACGCGAGCCAAUGGAGGUUGCGCCAACACACGUCGCGCCGUGCCGGGCGACGCUUUCUGCAGAUCUUCAGGGCUUCUUUCUAGUACCUACCGAUGGAGAUUGGAACUAUGCAUUUAAGGGGGCCACCUGGCGUGAAUCCACAGAGUUUGACGUUACCACUGACUUCCCGCCCUCCUUUUUUGCCGCCCAGCAUCGGCCAGACCAUUUUCUUAACUUUGCACGCCUCUCCGAGGAAGAAGACGCGAUUGAUAUGGCUGACAUGGAUGACAUCAUGGCUUAG